UAUCAAUAGCCCCAUAUCGUGCACCGAUAUUCUCGAUAUAAUAAUAGGAGAUUUAUUACAGAGGCUAUAAGAAAAGAUUUUAUAUUAUUAAACGAUAAGAGAAGAGAGAGAAAGAUGUUAUCGCAAUUUGCACAAAAGUUUGGCACUUGGAGGAACGUGUCAUAUGAUCAGUCGAUGCAUUAUAUUAUGACAUUCGAAAUUUCUCAGUUUGAUUACAAGAGUAGUAGCUCAACAAGUCGAGCGCGAGAAGAAAGGAAGAAGAAGGACAAGAAGAAUACAACGACGACGACAACGACGACGACGACGACGACGACGUUUAGGGACAUUUCUCACCGAUCGGCGCUUUCGUUUUUCGUCCGCGACUCGCGGCAUCGUCGUCAUCGGCCAUACUGGACCGAUAACAGUACACCGUAGUUGCGAUUGUGGUCGCGAUAUCGAUUUAAAAAAGGUUACGCUCCCUAUUAUGUCGCCUCUACGACGUGCGCCGACGAACGGGCGGCUCCGGGGAUCCCUCCAGCGAGAUGGCUUGCGAGGCUUGCAGUGCAAAGUUCAAUUUAUUCAAGAGAAAAAAACAAUGUGCGGAUUGUCUGAGGCACUUCUGUUCCGAAUGCGUGAUCAAACGACUGGACAAAGUAUUUACCUGCGACAGCUGUGGCGUGCUAUCGAGGAGACCACUUGUAAGGAAUCAGAUCAGGCAAAUACGCUCCAAGGAUUUGCGUCAGUACCUUGUGGCAAAGAAGGUCUCUGUCAGGGGAUGUGUUGAGAAAGAAGACUUGGUACAUUUACUAAUGCUCUUUGCUAACGGAACUGAUCCUUGCUCUAGUACUGACUAUAGUACAAGCAUCGGGAUGCAAAACGCUGUCGAAGAGCCACUAGUAUAUUCCUCUUUAAAUAGAUCGGAACACACACCAAAUGUCAGUACUGCAAAUGACGAACCGCGCGAAGAUGUGCAGGCACAAGCACAACCCACAAGAAGCGAAGACAUCGAAAUGGCGGAGGAGCCAAGCGAGAGCAGUCACAGUAGCCCGAUCAUUAGCGUGCCAGUUAGCGAUAGCGAAUCGCCCGAAGAGGGACCGACGAAAAGUAGUAACGUUGAAAUACAGGAAGUGUCGGAAACUGAUAACAGUCCAGUCGAGCCCAAUAUUACGUCGGAGCCGCUAAUUACCGAGCAUGAGGAAGUUUCCGAAGCAUCAAACGAGAAAAAAUCGGAUAUGGUUACAGAAAUUCCCACGUGGUCGGAUAGAGUACAAUUGUCGGAUAUAAAGGAGGCGUCGGAACUAGAGUAUCUAAAUGUUAAACAAUUAAAAAAUCUGUUGAGUACAAAUCGGGUAGAUUAUAAAGGCUGCCUAGAAAGGCAGGAGUUGCUGAACAGAGUAUCCAGAUUAUGGCAGGAGUACAAACAAUCUAGACAAGACGUAGAAAAACUCAGCGAGGAAGAAUUGUGUAAAAUUUGUUGGGACGCUCCAAUCGAAUGCGUAAUUUUAGAAUGCGGCCAUAUGGCCUGCUGUAUAAACUGCGGUAAACAAAUGUCCGAGUGUCCGAUAUGCAAGCAGUAUGUCGUUCGUGUUGUACGAUUCUUCAAAGCCUAAUGAUAUAAUGACUAGAGUAUAGCCCCGCGCGCGCAUAGUGAUUGACCAUAAAACUGUUCUUUAUAGCUAAACUGGCUGCUCUAAUUCAGAGUUUAUCUUUCUCCUUCCAAUGUGGAGAGAAAAAGAUAAACUCUGAAUUAGUGCAGCCAGUUCAGCUAAAAAAUAGAUUUUAUAUUUUUAAACCUGCGCGAGGUCUCCGACAACACGCAAUUAAAACUUUUAUUGUUAUUUGUCACAUCAAAUAAAUUGAUUUCAUAACUAUCAUUAAACGGAAUCGAUCUACGACAAGGAAUCGAAUCGUGAAACACCAAGUUGAUAAAUUGCGCGAUAAAUUUAUCGGCACAUAUUUUGGUUCCCAUAUAUAUUCAUAUAUAUGCCGGCAGUUUGUAUUUUUAUUAAAAUUCAAAUUGGUUAACCUUUCGCUAUCUGAAAUAUAGUUCUUUUUCCUAGGUAGAGUAUCGAUGUACAGUCGAUUUCCUCUAUCCUAGUAUCAUCGGGACCAUAGACAUAGUAUAAACAAAUAAGCAUCAAUGAUAUAAAAACAAGUAAAAAGAGGGAACAUAUAGCUGAAAGUUAAUGAAAAAAAAUAAGAAUAACUAGAACAGUUGAAUGUUCAAUCAUAUGAAUAUGUCAAAUUUCAAUUCUGCUAGAGAUCACUUCUAUGAUCUUACUGUGCAAGUAUAUCUUCUCUACUUUUUUUUAGUUGGUCCUUAAAUUAAAUUGUAAAUAUAGGUCUAUUUAUAUUAUGUCUAUGUAAUCGAAAGAGAGAUCGAAUAUUCCUCUAUUCUAUAAUUUUCUUUUAGUCGCUGCUUUUAUCCUAAUGCGCGCGCAAAA